CCACGCUGGAGAUGGGCAUGGGGACCUCCCAACUCCAACUCCCAAGUCUGAUGAUCUGCUACCGUUUCCUUCUUCCCGACUGCACCUGUCCCCGAGGGGAGAAAUCUCGGCAUCCUCCUCCUGAUACCUCGCCGCCGGGGACCCAACUCUGACCCCUACCCCUCCGCAGUCCGCACCAAGCUGCCGCCGCUGCAGCAUCAGCAUCAGCAUCAGCAAUGGUGCUGAUCACUCUCGUCCGCGACUACAUCGACCGCAUGCUCCACGACAUCCCGGGCAUGAAGGUCCUCGUCCUUGACCCCCAAACCGUUGGGAUGGUGAGCGUGGUGUACAGCCAGUCGGAUCUGCUGCGGAAGGAGGUCUUCCUCGUCGAGACCAUGGACAACGCCUCCAGCUCCAGGGAGUCCAUGGCGCAUCUCAAGGCCGUCUACUUCCUCCGGCCCUCCGCCGACAACGUCCAGAAGCUCCGCAGGCACCUCGCCAUGCCGCGUUUCGCCGAGUACCACCUCUUCUUCUCCAGUAUAUUGAAAGUCCCGCAGAUUCAAAUACUUGCUGAUUCGGAUGAGCAGGAGGUUGUGCAGCAAGUUCAGGAGUUCUAUGCUGAUUUUUGUGCCAUUGACCCAUACCAUUUCACUCUCAACAUACAAAACAACCACAUUUACAUGCUCCCUACAGUGGUUGAUCCUCCUGGUAUGCAGAGCUUCUGUGAUCGAGCUGUUGACGGCAUUGCUUCUGUCUUCUUGGCCUUGAAGCGCCGGCCUGUUAUUAGAUUUCAGAGGACAUCAGAUGUUGCAAAAAGGAUUGCACAGGAAACUGCGAGAUUGAUGUAUGAGCAGGAGAGUGGCCUUUUCGAUUUUAGACGAACAGAAAACUCUUCCUUGUUGUUGGUGAUUGACAGGAGGGAUGAUCCUGUUACGCCUUUACUUAACCAGUGGACCUACCAGGCAAUGGUUCAUGAGCUGGUUGGAAUCGAGAACAACAAGGUGGAUCUUAGGGGAUUUGCUAAUGUACCUAAAGACCAGCAGGAGGUGGUUCUAUCAUCGGUUCAAGAUGAUUUUUUUAGAGCUAACAUGUUUGAGAACUUUGGGGACCUCGGUAUGAACCUCAAAAGAAUGGUAGAUGACUUUCAGCAUCUUUCUAAGAACAGCCUUAAUCUCCAGAGCAUAGGUGACAUGGCAAAGUUCGUGAGCAACUAUCCAGAGUAUCGAAAGACACAUGGAAAUGUAACGAAACAUGUCAAUCUGGUGAGCGAGCUGAGCAGAAUUGUGGAGGAAAGGAAACUUAUGCUAGUUUCACAGACAGAACAAGAGCUAGCAUGUACUAGUGGACAAGCAGCAGCCUUUGAGGCUGUCACUUCCUUGCUAAACAAUGAAAGGGUAUCUGAUAUUGAUCGCUUGCGAUCAGUAAUGCUCUAUGCUUUGCGGUAUGAAAAAGAGAGUCCAGUUCAAUUGAUGCAACUUUUCAACAAAUUGGCUUCUCAUUCUGCCAAAUACAAGUCAGGGCUUGUUCAAUUCCUCCUUAAGCAAGCUGGCAUUGAUAAGAGAACAGGCGACUUGUAUGGGAACCGUGAUCUGUUAAAUAUUGCUCGCAAUAUGGCUCGUGGGCUUAAGGGAGUUGAGAAUGUCUACACCCAACACCAGCCUCUUAUCUUCCAAACGAUGGAAGGAAUUGUGAAAGGGAGAUUGCGAGAUGUUGACUAUCCACUUGUUGGCAAUCAUUUCCAGCAGGGCAGGCCUCAAGAUGUUGUCAUAUUCGUUGUUGGAGGGACAACUUACGAGGAAGCAAGAUCGGUAGCCCUUUAUAAUGCAGCAAAUCCGGGAGUUCGUUUCUUCCUUGGAGGUUCAGUGGUUCUAAAUUCAAAGAGAUUUCUUGAAGAUUUGGGAGAGGCACAAAGGAUAUCAAAAUCAAGCACUAUAAUAUGAGCUGAAUGGUUUUAUCUCUUGUUUGAAGAGUACCAUAGUAUGAUAAUUGACAGUGUUGACUCCACUUUUGCACAGAAUCAAAUUUGUGAUAAAUCUGUAACAUAGUUCUAGGUGCGUAGAAUCAAAUUUCGUGAAGAUCUGUAGCUGCUCCAGCUUCAACCUUCUAUAUGUUUUCAUGGUCAUUGUUUUUCCCUUAUUUAGUUGAAGCAAUGAUCUAGAUUUUAUUGAAACAUGUUCUUUGUCUUGUUACGAUUGUUGAUAGAGAUUGACAGAUUGUACCGUUGGGUCGUAUAUGCCACUCCUGGAUCCUGUAUGCAAAGAAAGAAGUCAGUACAUUGUACAUUUUUUAAGUUUCUUUCGUAUCUACAUUAUGAUUUAUGAAUUGUGGGAGUUGUUCUGUC